CUCCAGUACCUGACGGCACACCAACAGCAACUUAGUGAACAUGGUCACUGGCUUCGGAGAAUGAGGCUCCUGAGAAGGUUGAGAAGCUCUCCUUACUGGAAAACUCUCAGCCUAGUGCAUCAGUAUAGUCAUAGACUUCAAAGCUUUGCAAGCUCUCUUGCUGGAUUGAGCAAGAGUACACAAAUACUGAGAAGGGCCCCAGCGGCAUUGUGGAAAAUCCACUGAGGAGGCUAGUGGAGAUUUUUGCUGUGAUUCUACAGCCACGCCCAGGAAGUUGAGAUGGCUGAGCGGCCAGAAGUGACUGUCUAUGACAAUAAGGAGCUGCGUGACCAAUGGGAAGAUCGUGCCAAUGCGUUCAGUCAGAGGGAUGAGGAUGAACGCGGUCGAGUGGAGAAGAGCGCCCUGAGUGGGCUGUUCCAGGAAUGGAAUUAUCGGCUGGCAGUCAGGACUGGGGUCAGUACUUCAGGAGACAAGAAGGGCAAAGAUAUGUCGGACUUCAGAAAGUAUGUAGUUACAGCCCCUACGGUCGAGCAAGAUGAGAAGGCCCUGCAAGCAAAGUUCAAGGUGGUGAUAGCCCCGAGAAAACCGGCACCACCACCUCCACCACCACCUGCACCUAAGAAGCGUGAGCCUAGACCCCCACCUCCAGCCAGGAAGGAGAGGCCCAAACCAGAGGAGAAGAAACCAGCCAGAGCACCACAACCAGCCAAAAAACCAAGUGCACCACAAGCAGCAAAAGCACCAUCUCAGCCAGCAAAGUCCAUGGCUGCCCCAGCUGCUUACAAGGAUAAUCUAUCUCAGGCUGGCUGGAAUGAGUCCUGGAAGAUACUGAAGCCCUUGAUAAAUAUGGAGAGAGCGUUAGGCUCAGGAAGAGAGGCCUCUGAAUUAAAUGUACACAAAUACCGCCCUGUGCAACAAUCACUGGAUGAGAUGCUGCCAUCUUCGUCAGAGUGGAACAAGUCCUAUUCAUCCUUGAAAAAUGAUGUGCAUAAAAAUUAUCCAAAGGAACAGAAACCUUGGAGGUCUUUACAGGAGCCCGGAAAUCUCAGUGGCUCAGAAUGGGAACAGUCGUGGAAGAUGCAGAAUAUCGAGUUUCAGCAGCAAGUGGAAGCCUGGGGCUUGGAGUGGUCUGGUUAUUGCCGGCAACCACGUGACAGGAUUUCAGAUGAUGCUCAACAAAGGGGAGAUGCUCCCCAGGGAUGGGAGGAAUCCUGGAAGUCCUUCAAACCUCAACCAGAACAAGAAAGUGAGCACCUGGAAUCAGAGGACUACUGGUCUAAGGAAUUCUUGGACUUUUACCAACAUGGGAUGUUUUGUCCGGGUUGGAAUGACUCAUGGAAAGUGCCGGAAGUGCAAACUCACAUGAACGCUUUGGAGGAAGUGUAUCUGAAAGACUGGGCUGAGUCGUGGAGGUGCUCCAGACACCACAGCUGGUGCAAGGAAUCCUCGCACCUCCUCCAUCGCCUCCAUGCCCUGCUGAAUUCGAAACGCAUGAUGUGCAACAAACGGAAGACCUCUCAGCUUCAAGAGGAGAUGCCAGCUGAGUGGACCGAGUCCUGGAUGUGCCUGAAAAGUCAGACUCAGCCACAAGAGGAAAAGGAGGAGGAAGACUCCACCUCAGUAGAAGCAGAUGUUUCACAUGUGCCGUUGCAUCUCCAGUUUCAUAUGUUGAACACAAAGAUCCCUGGUUGGGAUAAGUCCUGGUCUGUCUCCAAGGCCCCCAGUUCUGGGGAUGAGAAGCAAGCCAAGCCCGAGUGGAGAAACUCCUGGAAGAUCUCCAACCCAAACCCUGUUGCUAGCUCUAAGACCCAGAAGCAAGACAUUGUGUGUUGGUCAAAUGAACACAGGUCCUCCAGGUACAUGGAAUCAGAAACAGACUAUAUCACACCAAGUGAAUGGAGUGCAUCCUGGGAGACCGUGAAGCCUCCAGCUGAAUCAGAAACCAAGCCCCAGCAAGAGUCUGCAGAGGUGCAAAAUGGCCAUCCCAUUCAUGCACAUCUACUCAAAAUCCCUCUUCUGGAUUGGAACGAUUCCUGGAAAUUCGCAAACAAGCAGGCCAGCUCCAACACACUGUCGCUGUCAAGGUGGAGUGAAUCCUGGAGAUUCUCAAACCCUAACCACCCCGAGACCGAAAACCACAGGCAGAAGAGCAAUGGUCGGUGGCAUCAAAACGGUCCGUUCGAUGUAGACCCACAGUUCACAGAGUGGGGUGAAUCGUGGAAGUACCUGAAGUCUGACUCUCUGAAGCCGGACAUGCUUCGGGAGGACAGUGGGGAAUGGGGCGAGUCUUGGAGGGUGCUGAAUCCUCAGCUCUAUCUGAAGAAAGAGGCCUGGAGCGAGCAGGAAUCUGCCGGAGAGUUUUGCGACCUCCGUCUACAGCUGUCAUUCUUGUUGAAGGAAGAUAAAAAAGUAUUUAGCCCCGAGUUCAGCAUGCCAGAGUGGAAUGGGUCGUGGAAGUUUUUGAAACAGGAAAUAGAACAUUGAGAUGAAUUACUUUGGCAAUGGGUGGUGCGCCACUGUUCUGUGGGUAGAUUUAAUGGUUUGUUUUCGUUUGUUGUUGUUGAAACAGUUGACUGAUGUCUCUGAGCUCCACAAAUGUGACAUAUGAACACUAUUCAUUGUUUGAUUUCUUAUUUGAAAACACUAAUGAAUCAUUGCACAGCAAAGUUAGAAACUAAGUAAUAUUGAAUUUAAACCCCAGGCCAAACACCAUAUACAACAUUUUAAAUGGAUAAGACUGAAGAAAAUAUAAAGCAGCAAGCAGAUGAAGUCUGGUCUGUUUCCCGUCUGCCAUACAGAUGAACCUACGCAUAUACCUCAAGUUCAGUGGUAUUCAUACUGAACAAAAGACACAUUUGGGAAAGGUCACUCCUCGCCUUAAUUGAGAGAAUGAAGCAUACACCCCCGUGAAGGUUUUUAGAUACCACUCAAGAUGUCAAACACAAUGCAGGCAAAUUACGCGAACGUAGCUUGCUGUAAUGGAAUAUUUUCUUGGGUUUUAAAUGUUUUGCAUGGCCAACGAGUGCAUCUAUUUUAAACUCUUAUAAUUGACUGAUGAAGGUGUUUCAAUGCAUUUUUAGGAGUUUCAGAGUUUGCAUUAGUUUGUUCGUUUCUGAGUUUGAUAGCUUGUUACAUACAUAGCUGAUAAGAGUGCAAGAUCUAUUCCCUGAAGUGUGACCUCUUCUUCAGUACUAUCACAACAACUUUUGUGUUCUCAAACAAAGGAAUUACUAUAAUUACGAGGCAUUCUUUCUUUUUCAGCCAUAUCGAAAUUACAAAUAAAAAUGCCUGUAAUGCAUUCACUGGUUUUCUAUUUCAGAAAUACAUUUUUUCAUUUUUACACUGUCACAGAUGGUUUUGAUUUUAUUUUGAAAAUGGUGCUUAUUUUCCCUAGUUGUCUUAUUAUAAUUGCCUCAAAACAGUGCAUCAGAGAACUCUAUAUCUUGAGCUCAACAAUAUAAACAUAAGCCUUAUUGACUGUUUCACAAUGUGUCUAAACCCCAAUAACAGCUCGCAUGAUCAAACAAUGACAAUAUCUGUCUGUAAGCCGCCAAUAGCACUGUAAUGCUAUUUUCCUUUUUCCUCUAUUUAGAUGCAUUGUUUAGCACUUGCAUUUUUCACAAUACUUCAAAUUGAACGGAUAUUACUGAUUAUACUGAUAAACAAAGCUUUAGUAGGAGACUUAUUGAGAUAUGUUUGGUUACAAUACAGUACACCAGAGGUUGCACCUGUGGCAG